AAGUAAAGAGCAAAAAUCAAGGGGGAGAAGUUGGUGUGGUAGACCAGCUGUGACUGUCGGCGUAUGUGUGCUCUUUCUUUCUCUCUCUAGACGCGUCAUCUUAGAGAGAGAGAGUGUGUGUGUGUAGUUUUUCUUUCUUCUUAUUCUUCCUGUUCUUCGUUUUCAUUUUCGGCACAAGAAAAAAGUAACCUCAUCAUUGCAGUUUCUGCGCAAGAUAAUUGCGCUGUGUAAUUCGCAUUAUUGUUAUCAUUACAGCGUUGUGAGAGUGUGAGAGAGAAGUGAGUGUGGGGGAAGCACUAUUGCAUUGAUUGCGGAGACACGUUAGGGAUGGUCAUAAGCGGAGAAGGAUAGCGUCGCACGUGGUUCCGUUGCGGAAGCAAUGUAGAAACGGUUUAGGCGCCGUCGCCAGAGUUCGGAGGGUGGAUUUCGUUCUGAGCGUAACCGGUUUAUCGCAAUUGGAUCGGGAGCGCGAUGGAGUCGAGGAUGGAUCACUACGAGAUCAUGGAGCAGAUCGGUCGCGGAGCGUUUGGCGCCGCGAUUCUGGUGAACCACAAAGCGGAGAAGAAGAAGUACGUGUUGAAGAAAAUCAGGCUCGCGCGGCAGACUGAACGAUGCAGAAGAUCUGCUCAUCAGGAGAUGGCGCUUAUUGCUCGAAUUCAGCACCCUUACAUUGUGGAAUUCAAAGAGGCUUGGGUUGAGAAGGGUUGCUAUGUUUGCAUUGUUACUGGUUAUUGUGAAGGUGGAGACAUGGCUGCAUUGAUGAAAAAGUCAAAUGGGAUUUACUUUCCUGAGGAGAAACUCUGCAAGUGGUUUACUCAAUUACUUUUGGCAGUGGAAUACCUGCAUUCAAAUUUUGUUUUACAUCGCGACCUAAAGUGUUCCAAUAUCUUUCUUACCAAGGAUCAAGAUGUUCGCCUUGGGGAUUUUGGGCUUGCUAAGACACUAAAAGCGGAUGAUUUGGCUUCUUCGGUGGUAGGAACUCCCAACUAUAUGUGUCCUGAACUACUUGCGGAUAUUCCUUAUGGAUUCAAAUCUGAUAUUUGGUCACUAGGGUGUUGUAUAUAUGAGAUGGCUGCUCAUCGCCCAGCUUUUAAAGCUUUUGACAUGGCAGGUUUGAUAAGCAAGAUAAACCGUUCCUCUAUUGGCCCUCUGCCUCCCUGCUAUUCCCCAUCUUUGAAAACACUGAUAAAGGGCAUGCUGAGGAAAAAUCCUGAGCAUCGUCCAACAGCAUCUGAAGUCUUGAAGCAUCCUUAUUUAUUGCCUUAUGUUGAUCAAUAUCGUUCAUCUUUCUCUCCAACAGCCAGUUCUCCUGAAAAGCCAAUUUCUGCUGUUCAUCAUCAUCGAAAAAAUAAGCCAGACGGUCAAAAUAGUAGUAGUUCAAGUACAGAGAAAGAUAGUUUGAUGUCAAUUAUGAAAAACACUGCAAAUGCAGUGCAGAAGUGUGAUAGCAAAAGCACUGAACUAGACAUGACCUCAAUUGAGGAUGAUGGCUCUGAGCAACUCCUGCCUGAUGAAGAAGGAAAUGGCUCUAUAAAAGUCAACGACAAAACUAUUGAUCAAGAGGUGACAAAGCAGUUUAAUAAUGAACACCAUUCUAAUGUUGUAUCUAAGCAACCAAUAGCAAUUAAGAAUGUGGUGACAACAUUAAGAAAUAGAAAACUUAGAGAGACAAGUUCUCCGAUAAGAGGCAAUAGCAUAAAGGGUGGUGGUGUGUUGACGCAUAAAUUAAAUACAGAGACAUUGUCCAAAUUGCCCAAACCUAAUUUUGGUGCUUGUGAUUUGAAGCCGAAUUUGGAGGUGCCAACUAAUGCAUCUUCAAAAGCAACUCCUGCUCCUGCUAAAAGAUUGCAAGGAUCACAUACAUCAAAGCAUCAGUUACCAAUGAUUGAAUCCACACCAAAAACUAAACCUCGACAUACUGUGAUUCCACCACUGGGUCCUUCCAAACAAGUAGAAGGUCGUGAAUUUGCUGCUAAGCCAAGGGAAAAGACUCCUCCAAGCUUACUUAAACCACCUUCUUUUCCAGUACAUGUGAGGCAGACUGGGUUUGAUGUUCCCAAUGCAGCAAACAAUAGUGGAAAGUCAAGUCCAAACAAAAUGGUUCGGGAGCCUAAGGUAAGCCAUAACCAGUUGACCAACAGUCAUCUACCACUUGUUUCUAGAGAGAUUACUCGAGAGCCUUUAAAGGCUUUUGAAAGCAGUUCCAAAGGAAUGCAAACAGACAGCAGUAAUUCUGUCUCAUCUUCUUUCUCUAUUCAAGGAUUCGAACUUUCUGAUUUCGCAACCACUUUUAUUGACUUAAGUGAAACAACACUUCUUGUUGAGGAGAGUUUAAACCACGCUGAAAAUGUGGAAUCACGAGGAGAUAGCGGUUCACCUGCCUCUUAUUCGCAUUUUGAGAUGUCUGAACAAUUGUCUGAAGAAACCCCUGACAUUACAUCACACGUUCAGAAGAUAAUGACUAGUGACGAGAAAGUAGGUCCCAGUUUAUCUCCAGAUCAUUCGGUUCAAGAUGCUAAGGUAAUGUUUGCUUCUGAUGAUAGUUCUCCCAUAAAUCAGAGGAUCACAUCUGCUGGCUCCAUGUGUGAAAAUACAUCUGUAGAAUCCUCUGCUGAAAUCACAGAAGAAAUAGAAGAUGUUGAAGAUAUUUCUAAGGAGAUGUCUUCAACCAAAUCUCCUCAACAGUCACUCCCCAUUUCUGGAGAAAAAUUUGCUUGUGAAGAAUUUGGUCCAACAAGCAAACCAAAUAAUAGACAUGAUAAAGUUAGCCAGCCUAAACUUAUGUGCUUCUCCAGUGAUGACAAAUUUAUGGUGAGGGGAAGACUGUCAUCAGCGGAAGAAACUUCUCCUUUGAUCAUCUCUACUAAAAUUUCAAGCCAGAAAGUUUUGCAAGAGGAGAAAGGAACAGUUUCGGCAUCAGAAAGGCCAGCUGUUGGCCAUUUUCCUCCAGCUUUUGAUGAUGUCAUUCAUGUCAUACGCCAUAGCAGUUAUCGUGUGGGGAGUGAGCAGCCAGUAAAGGAAUCCGUGGAGAUGGGAGUUCAAAAUGUAGAUGUUGGUAAGUUUAUCAACAUUGUAAGGGAUGAUAUAGAAAUGAGAAACGUGAGCACUCCUUUGACCCUAAAAUCUUCUAAUUGCUCAGAAGCUAUUGGUUUGAAGGCAAAUAUUUCUGAAAAUAUGGAAAUUAGAAACUUGAACAAUCCUCCCAACUUAAAAUCUUCAAGUUUCACCGACUCGUUGAGCAUGAAAUCAAGUCUUUCUGACAAUCCUGGUGUCAGGGAACAAGAUGUGGAAAAUCCUGAUUCUCUUGUUGCAAAAUCUGAUUCCCCUAAGUAUAUCGGAUACACUCCUGCAGCUGAAGAAGAACCACCAGCAAAGGAAGUUUUGGAUGUUAAAUCUUCCAGGCAGAGAGCUGAGGCCCUUGAAGGACUGUUAGAAUUAUCUGCAGAUUUGCUGCAGCAAAAUAGAUUGGAGGAACUUGCAGUUGUUCUGAAGCCUUUUGGAAAAGAUAAAGUUUCCCCAAGGGAGACAGCUAUUUGGUUAGCCAAGAGUUUAAAAGGAUUGAUGCUUGACGAAAGUGGAGGACGCAGUUAAUGGGGUGUUUUAAUCCAUGGUAAGUUUGCUUGUGUUUGAUAUUUUCAAUUACUUUUCCACUUUAUAGCUUUUCAAGUGCCACUUGAAUUGAGAGAACAAACAGGCUUUAUCUCUUCUUUCACUUAUUUUGUAAUUCUUUUUAUGCUAUUGUAAAUAGUUACCAUACGAAUGAAUAACAUCAACUUACGAUCAAUUGUGUGGA